AUGAUGACUAUGGACAUCGGGAUGUACAAUAACCAGAAUGGGUACAACGCUGAGUACUAUCAGCAGGGAUCUUACCAGACCCCGUAUGAGGGCUAUCACGAGGGGUACUAUGAGCCAAGCACGCACUAUUAUGAACCGAUUCUGCACGGACAGCCUGAAACGAACCCAGUGAUAAGCACGGACACAGGGCUGUGUUACACGAACUUGGAUUAUGGAGAAUUGCCCCAAUAUCCAAUCCAGCCAUUACCGGCGCACCCAGAGACAUUUAAACAUAGAGAAGAUCCAAGACAAGACGAAAUGCUUCACGAACAUAAAUUAGACAAUCACUAUUUAGAGACAAAAUAUAACAUGCACUUUGUGGAUGACACAAUGCAGUAUAGUCAUGGGUCACCACUGCCGUGUGGGGAGUUUGAGGUUCCGUACGUCCCAAAGGAGGAGUUUGGGGGGAUGAGGGAGUUCCCUCGAGAGGGGGACAUGCAACACCACGUGGCGCACCAGACUCAUCCGCAGCAUGCUGUGCCUACGUAUAAGUGGAUGCAGGUCAAACGGAACGUCCCCAAGCCAGCAGGUAAGCUUCUUAAGAGUUAUCGAACAAUUAAAAGUAAUUAUUGA